GAGCAUCCUGCUGAACGGAAAUCCAAUUAACCCGAGGGAAAUCUGCAUGAACGUCGGCGUGGAGGACGCGACCUCGUCGGCCAACGUCACACUCCUGGUGCAUCCCCACACCACCAUCACGGCAUUGAAGCAGCAGGUCUUCCAGGACUACGGGUUCCACCCCCUGGUUCAGCGCUGGAUCAUCGGGCAGUGCCUGUGCGUGGAUGAGCGCACGGUGUGGUCCUACGGCAUCCGGCGCGAUGGGGACACGGCCUUCCUGUAUCUGCUGUCGGCCAACCGCGCUGAGCUGACACGGCAGCGCUACGACGAGGAUCAGGCGCAGCUCCUCCUCACCUCCAUCGCUGCCGUGGGAGAUGGAGCCGACGAGCGGCGCAAGUACGGCACGGCGCCGGCUGCUGCGGGCAGGAAAGCCAACAGGCAGCUGGACAUUGCUGACAUCAGCCACCACCUGGACACCGUGCAGAUCGGCGACGUUAGCAGCCACCAAACGGCACCAGCCGCCACCUCUCUGCCCUCACCGGUGCCGGCGGGUUGGUCGUGUCCCAAAUGCACCUUCAUCAACAAACCCACGCGGCCGGGCUGUGAGAUGUGCAGCACUGACCGACCGCCCGACUACGUGGUACCCGGCGGCUACGAACCGGACGAGACGGAGCUGUGGAGGAUGCAGCAGGAGCAGGAGGGGAUGCUGCAGUACCAGCAGACAUUGGAGGCGGAGCGGCUGCGGAACUUCCAGCAGCUGCUGGAGUUGGAGCAGGAAGGUUUGGUGCCCAACCAAGAGGGGAUGGAGUGUCGCAUCUGCUUCCAACACGUCCCCGCGGGGCAGGGGGUGCUGCUGCGCGAGUGUCUGCACAACUUCUGCCGCGACUGCCUGCGCCAGGUGAUCAACUACAGCGAGGAGCCGGUGGUGGGAUGUCCGUACCGCGACGACUCCUACGCCUGCAGCAGCCACCUCCAGGAGCGCGAGAUCCGCGCGCUGGUGUCACCGGAGGAGCACCGGCGCUUCCUGGAGCGCAGUUUGGUGCUGGCCGAGCGCCGCACGCGCAACAGCUUCCACUGCAAGACGCCGGAUUGCCGCGGCUGGUGCAUCUACGAGGACUCCGUCAACGAGUUCCGCUGCCCCAUCUGCCAGGCCCUCAAUUGCCUCCUAUGCAAGGCCAUCCACGAGGGGCGGAACUGCCGGCAGUACCAGGACGAUCUGCGGCUGCGGGCGCACAACGACGCGGCUGCACGGCAGACCAAUGAUAUGCUGCAGCAGGGCCUGGCCAUGCAGUGCCCCACGUGUCGCAUCGUGCUGCAGAAGAAGGACGGCUGCGACUGGAUGCGCUGCAGCCUGUGUCACACAGAGAUCUGCUGGGUCCAUCCACAAUGUGCGCCCAGAUGGAGGACCAGGGGUCCCGGUGACACAACGGGCGGUUGCCGUUGUAACGUUGACGGUCAGCGCUGCCACCCGCAGUGUCAGAACUGCCAUUGAACGGCCAUGGGGGGACACGGACACGAGGAGAAAUGGGGGGUGGGGAGGGGGUAUAAACCCCCCCAAAGCCCCCCCAAUCCGCCCCACAGGAGGCGGCUGGACUCAGGGAUGUGGGGCUGGGAUGUGGGCCCAGAUGUGGGGCUGGAUGUGGGGCUGGAUGUGGGGCAGAGGGUGCCCCAAUAAAGGUGUGUGUGUGUGUGUGUGCU